AUGUCAACCAAGGGCGAGCGGGCCAGGGAGAUCCUGAGGGGCUUCAAACUAAAUUGGAUGAACCUUCAGGAUGCUGAGACAGGGAAGAUACUUUGGCAAGGAAAAGAAGACCUGUCAGGCCCUGGAGUGGAGCAUGAAGCCCGUGUUCCCAAGAAAAUCCUCAAGUGCAAGGCAGUGUCUCGAGAAUUGAACUUCUCUUCAGCGGAGCAAAUGGAAAAAGUCCGCCUGGAACAAAAAGUUUACUUCAAAGGGCAAUGCCUAGAAGAAUGGUUCUUCGAGUUUGGCUCUGUGAUCCCUAACUCCACAAACACCCGGCAGUCCCUGAUAGAGGCAGUGCCCGAGUCCCAGAUGAUGCCAGCAAGCGUGCUAACUGGAAGUGUUAUAGAAACAAAGUUUUUUGACGACGAUCUUCUUGUAAGCACAUCCAGAGUGAGACUUUUCUACAUUUGAGAGGAGAAUAUGUGUGCAUUUCAAGAAUUCAUUUUUUUAGGGGGAAGGAGGAAACUGUUUACUUUUUUCCUCUAUACAUUUGAUUUUUGACACUUCCACCUCUAAUUCCCUCUAUGGCAAAACCCACCUGCGGCCACCAGGGGACCAGCUCUGUGUAGGUACCAGAUGGCUUUUUUCUCUCAAGCCACCAUCUUCAAUUGACCAGAUUAAACUCCCAAUCCCAUACCAGGGCAGAGGGCAUGCCUCAACUCCUUCUUGGAGUAGACACGGGGACAAACACAUACCACAAGCUGUUCCCGUCACCCUCCCUGCCUCCUUCUUGGGCCCUGCAGG